UUGUUGCACGGGUUAUAACCUAAAACUUUCGGUGUUAUUGCAAAUUUCGUUUAUUGUGACUCCAAUUCAUUGAAUAAUUAUAAAAAAUUAUAAUAACUGUGGUAAAUAAGCACCAAAGCCCUUGUGGCUCAGGUCUUUUAGUGCCGUUUCAGUGAUUUAUGAUUGUGCGCGGGUGUUAAAACUAUUGUAGUGAUUCCUAUUUCAAUAAAUAUUUUAUUAUUAAUUUAUUUCUACCUGAAUUCAUACUUAAAUUUUAUUAAGUGACAUAUUUACAUAACUUCAGAUUUAGUAAAAUCUAGCAUUCGACAUUAAAUGAUAAAUUUAAUAAAUAAAAUAAUUAAUUACCCUAAGGUUCAUUCUUUUUAUAGAUUUUAUUCAUCAAAAUAUUAUAUUAGAAAUCACGUGAUGGCCACGCAGUGUUCCAAAACGGCCAGUGAUUUGAAUUUGGAAGAACUGCCAGCGAAAAAAAUAAAACUGGCCAGUGACUCUAUUAAGAUGAACCAAAUUAGAAGUGUGGCUACAAUGUGCGGGGCUUGGCGCCCUGAAGAAGAAGAUGGUGGAUUAAUACUAGUGUUACCGAAGAGAAGUUUGUGCAUCAGUCCGGAUCCAACGGAUGAAAAGGAUUUCCCGGAGAAUGUCAAAGAUGUGUGGCAGGAGGACGAGCUGAGCUCCAUUGAUGAACAGGGUGAAAAGGACAACGGAAAGAACUGCAUACUAUCGUGCGAGAAGAGGAAAGCUGAUGACACCGAUAUCAAUAAAGACUUGAAAAAGGCAAAACUAGAAACUAAAGCGCUUAAAGCGAAGAGGCCAGGCUUCACAGACGACCGGUACAACGAGACAUCGUAUUACAUUGAAAAUGGUCUCCGAAAAGUGUACCCAUAUUACUUCACGUUCACAACGUUCACAAAAGGCCGGUGGGUCGGCGAGCGGAUUCUCGACGUCUUCGCACGCGAGUUCAGGGCCCAUCCCGCUGCUGAAUAUGAACGCUGCAUCAGGGCUGGUACCCUCACCGUCAACUACGAGAGGGUCGACCCCGACUACAGGCUCAAGCACAACGACCUUCUCGCAAACGUCGUGCACAGGCAUGAAGUACCGGUCACCAGCCAACCGAUCACCCUCGUACAUAUCGACGAGGACAUUGUGGUGGUCAACAAACCCGCCUCUAUACCCGUGCACCCCUGCGGCCGGUACAGGCACAACACAGUCGUGUUCAUACUGGCCAAGGAGUACAACCUGAAGAAUCUGAGGACCAUUCACAGACUCGACAGGCUAACGUCAGGUCUCCUAUUGUUCGGGAGAAGUCCAAAAAAGGCAAGACAGAUGGAGCACCAGAUUAGAAAUCGACACGUGCAAAAGGAAUACGUGUGCCGGGUCGACGGGCAGUUUCCAGAUGAAGAGAUCGAAUGCACAGAGCCGAUAGAAGUGGUGAGCUACAAGAUUGGCGUGUGCAAGGUGUCUCCGAAGGGCAAGGACUGUUCGACGGUGUUCAAGAGGCUGGGGUACAACACCGCGACUAACACGAGCGUGGUGCUGUGCCGGCCGAAGACUGGCAGGAUGCACCAGAUCAGGGUCCAUCUGCAGUAUUUGGGUUACCCAGUAGUGAACGAUCCUCUCUACAACCACCCAGUCUUCGGCCCUCUGAGAGGCAAAGGAGGGGACACCGGCGGCAAGAGUGAUGAGGAGUUGGUCCGGGACCUGAUCGCGAUACACAACGCUGAGAACUGGCUCGGGGUCGACGCUGCUGACGACGACCUGCUGUUCUCCAAACCUGCUUCUGAUGAUAAAGUUGGCGAAGACGAUUGCGACACAGGGCCGGCGUCGAGGGAGUCGUCGCCGAGGCUCGAAUCCCCCGCGCCGGGGGUCACGCCUUCUUCAGUUAUGACGCCGACUCUCCCGAGCCCGUCGAGUGGGGCGGAGGCGCCGGUGGAGGUGAGCACGUCACCAGCUCCCUGCACGCUCGCACCAUCGCCUGUCGCGUCGCCUUCUCUCAACGAUGACUCUAAUGAUGCCAAGUCAGAUAAAGUGACGGUCGCCACUCAAACGGGUUGCACGCCAGUAGCGACGAGUUCUAACGCCAUAGCCGCGGCUGUGGGGGGCAACGACGCGCUCUCAUCCGACCCCCACUGCUACGAGUGCCGCGUGAGGUACCGGGACCCGCGGCCGCGCGACCUUGUUAUGUAUCUGCACGCUUGGAAGUACAAGGGCCUUGGCUGGGAAUACGAGACGGAGCUGCCACAGUGGGCGAACGUGGACUGGGAGGAGCCCGACAACUCAUAGUCACAGGACAUGACACCACUGAGGAAGCGCCUCGCGACCACCCUGUACAUCUCCAAACACAAGUGAACGGACCGCGUUCAUUCAGUACUGAGCAUUUUAAUGUGAUCGCUAAUGACUUUGACGAUACGGCUAUGUACCAUAGUAAUUAUUAUAGUAAACAACAGUAUAAUGAUAUUAAUAAACAAAAUAAUAACGUUGAUGAGGUAAAAUAUAAUGUAGAUAAUAAUUUUGUAUGGGGUGUCGACGGUUUUGGAGGCGCCGACAGCCGACACGCGGAUGUCGAUGCAGAGGUAAGUUUUACAAUUAAAAUAAGUGAGAACUAGACGUAAGCACGUGAAUAAUUUUGUUUGGAUAAUAUCAGUUCUUGAAUAAAUAAAAUUCAAAGCACUUUUGUUUUAGUGGUUAUUCAUUAAGUUCCUAUCGGCCUAGUUGUUUUGGCAAGCUCGUUAGAACGUAGCGUGUUAAGUCAUUGUAUCGGUACCAUUUUAAUAGCUAUAUAUCGCUUUAACGAGGCAGGGUCUGAACCACAAUCAUAAUGAUACGUAUUAUCACUGUAAUGUAAACAAGGUUAAACGAGAUAGCUCUUCUAGAUGAUGUGGUAAUAGGCGAAGUUCGACCGCAAUUUUUUUAAUAGCUUCUGUGAUCGCUUUUGUUACUUCAUUGGUGGAGUUGCUAUUAUCUACAGAAUAUAUAAGACUUGGAACAAAUGUCUCAAACAAAUCUCGGACCACGAUUAUAUUCUAUUUUCUUAAUAUCGUUUAAAUACAUGGAAAAGCUAUCUCAUUGUUAGAUGGGUUUACAAUAAAUAGUUUUAAAUUAAUGUUAAUGGGUAAAUGUAAUGGAAUUUUGUCGGCAAUAUUGUAGGCAGAUUUUGAUCGACGUCGUCACGUUUUGGCUUCCAUAGUUUAGUCGACAAACUUUUAAUACCAAAAAUAAAUUUUAGGUUUUACGUGAGAGUUGUAUCACGAGUGUAUUUCAUGUUUGAAUCGUAUUUGUUAAAUUUCUUGUGACUUCGCUAUUGUUUUCGACAUACGUGGCCAGUUUGUGAUAUGCAUUUAUGUUAUUAUAUAUUUCAUAUAUAUCGGAAAAGACAAGUUUGUUUGUUCAUUCAGUACCGAUUUUAUUACUGUUUAAUGUCACAGGCGAGUUGUAGAGUCAGUCAUUUCGUAAAACACCAAAUAUCAUACCAAUAAUUUUUUAUCUUUCUUACUUUCAAUGUAGUCACAAUAUUUUAAGCAUGUAAAAAAAUACUUGUUUUUAUACUUUACGGCACUGUGCCACCACUGCAUCUGAUGGUAAGUGGAGUGGGGUUCAAUAGAAUAUAGUUUGACGAGAGAUGAUUACCCCUCGGCGGUCGACACAAUUAUGCUGGCCUGUUGGCACCGGAUAUACACAAACUGAUCCCGGAACGCGACACACUUACAUGGGCUACUGUUGCUUUAACACCUUGUGUAUCGUCGCUAUCUAAGCGGAUAUAAAAUCACCAACAUAUGUUUAAUUUUCAAGUUUUUGAAUGAUGUCAACAAUAGUGCCCCUAAAUAGUUGUUUACUUACUAUUCUGUACUUUAGGAACUGAUUGAGUUCACAACUCGCCAAUAUGUAUGCAUAUAAUGACCAAAGUGUUCCCUUGACAUACAAGACAGUGACAUGAUUAGUUAAAGCAGCAUGUUCUAAAGACAUUAAGGAUUUUGUUUGAUUAUUGCAUAAGUUUGAGUGUAUGUAGGGCUAAGUCACCAGUUUCGUUUUUGGAUUGUUUUUUUUUUUUUUUUGUAAUGUCAACUCUUGUAAAUUGCGUAUAACGGAACGUUUUGUAAAGAGGUUGGAUUGUGUGUAUCUACGACGUUUUGUAAUACAAUGUGAAAUUACCAAAAUGUAUAAUAAUUGUCGAAUGAUAAACAAAUUAUGAUGAAUUUGAAUCAAUUUGCGUACAAUCCGAUCUCUGACGACAAUAUUCGUACAUGUUUGUAGCGUUAGUGUAAUUAAAAAGACAAUUUCUUGUUGCAUUGAGAAACGUUUUCACGAGCUUUCAUAUAUAUAUUAGUUUGAUAAUAUAUAUUUAUAUAUAUUUUUCUUACUUCCUUAGUAUAGGUGUAGGAGAAAUGUUUGUUUACACGAUAUGGAUUUCGUAAGUAGAAAAAUGGCGAAUUACUAUAUAAAAUUGUAGUAUAAUUUUGGAUAUAAAAAAAAAACCGUAAUCACCAUUUGUUUUUUCGCUAAAGGCUACCUUUGUACAUAUGCUACGCUCCACUUUGUCUACAACAUCGUAAUAUUCGGGAACAAAUUAAAAUUAAUGGAAAUUAUUCAAAGGCUUUCAAGUGAUCAGUUUCGCAAAGGAUUUUUAAAAAAUAAAAAUAGGCAUUUUUGUAUAAAAAAUAGUAGAAUGUACAAAGUAAGGUUAUAUGUGGCAUAUCAUAACAAGAAGAUUGUUUGACUUGUUGACAUAAUCCAUGAGUCAAAUAAAAUUCCUCCGACAUAUUGUUGUAUUUUUAUAUAGUGUAUAAGACGUAUGGUGUCUUUUGUUUUGUCACAGAUUAAAAAACAUGAGCUUUAUCAGGCUUCCGAAAUAAGGUUGAUUUACGUACACAUAUUUUGGUUCGAUUUUCAAAACGAUUUUUUUAAUCGAUACUUUAUAAUCGAUUGCAUAAGCUUUUAGUGUCGGCGAAAUAUUUUUCGUAGCACUGUCGCGUUAUUCAUUCAUUUAUAAGAUAAAUUUUCAUGUGCCUUCUCAAAAUGUAAUGAGUAAAAUGAAGUAAAAAUAAAAAAAAUUGAAAAAGAUUUCAGAUUACAUGUAAUUGUUACACCUUUUAACGUAAGUAGUGUUAUAUUUGAUAAUCGCGAGCUUGUAUCCCUUUCUGGUUUGUCGGAAAACGUAGACCAAAUAUUUGUAGUACAUAACCUAAAAUGACAUUUAGCUUAGUACAUAUUUACAAUGUUGAUAGUUUUGUUUAACGGAGAUUAAUAAAAUUUAAAUUUCGAAAGGGAUAUUGUUAAGUGUGAUUAGAGAGUAAACAUUUACAAAUUUAUUGUCUGUGGUCAAACGUCAUCGACAAUUUUAUAUUUUUAUACAUCUCUAAUCACGCUUGCACGAGUUCGUACGGCACAUUUUGAGAUUUUUGAAUUGGUUUUGCGUAAUUUAUGUAAUUUUUGACAUUGUUUUUUUGAUUUUUGACUAAUGAGUGUUAUUGCCGUAACGUGCAUAGGCUUGCGUUCGACAUUUGUUCAAACGUUCGUUUUGAACUACGACACAUGAAAGACAUUUUUAAUUUGAUAAGUAUCUCCUAGAUAAGAAUAUCAUAGCGUUUCCUUCUUUAGAUUCAUGUUAAAGAAUUCAUGUUUCCACUUAAAUUUAAUUAAUUAGAAUAAAAUUCAUCAUUGGA